CCUGCAGUUCUUCGUAGUGCUACAACUAAGAAUCUUGGAUGUGAGGACGCGUGUCUUGGUGACAAGUGUCACUUGGCAGGUGAUCUGAAGGCUGAGCCGCUGAAGAGCCUGAGGAAGAGGGGUGAAGAAAUGUGAUGGAGCCCUGGUUCUGAUGCCAAGACAGUUCAAGUUCAACUUCAAGUUGCCAAGAGGCCAAACGGUCCAAACCAAAUUCCAUCAGCUAGCGCCAACUCUCCUUGGACAGCCUCCUCUUGUUGCAGCUCCGGAACAACGUGCGUAACGUGUGAGGAAGAAGCGGCAUUGCAUGAGACAACAGAAAUGGCGGUCCAGAUAUCAGCUCGGAUCCAUGGUGCAGGUCCUUCCUGCCUCCAAUCUGCACUUGGCUGCAGGACAGAGGCAGCAACAGGACUGCCCUUGGUAAACAACAGGCACUUUCUAAGAUGUUUCAGAAACACCCAACUGUGCAUCCGGUCAAGCACAGAAGUAUCUUCUUCAUCCAAUCGCUGCAGUCCUCCUGAUCAAACCAGAGGCUCCUUCAGCAGAGGGAAAAGGCUGCAGGUUCAUAAAUUCGUGGGCAGUGGAGAUGGCGCAAACAAAAGAGGCACGGUCCAGACGCAUGCAUCGGCGGCAGCAGACGUCCCACAGACGUCAGACUCUCUCAUUAUCUCCUUUGGGGAGGUCCUGAUCGACUUUGUGCCCACCGUGAGUGGAGUCUCCUUGGCAGAGGCCCCCGCGUUCAAGAAAGCGGCCGGGGGAGCCCCUGCCAACGUGGCGGUCGGGAUUUCCAGGCUGGGAGGCAAGGCUGCGUUCGUGGGGAAGACGGGGGAGGACGAGUUUGGGCAUAUGCUCGCGGACCUCCUGAAGGACAACGGGGUCAACACCGACGGCAUCAUUUUCGACCAAGGCGCACGCACGGCCCUCGCGUUUGUGACCUUGCGGGCGGACGGGGAGCGGGAGUUCAUGUUCUACCGGAACCCGAGUGCAGACAUGCUGCUGACGCCAGACGAGUUGGACACAGACCUCCUUAGAAAGGCGACGAUCUUCCACUACGGAUCCAUCUCGCUAAUUUCGGAGCCGUGCAAGUCGGCGCACCUGGCGGCCAUGCAGGUCGCACGGGACAACGGCGCGUGGCUAUCAUACGACCCCAACCUGCGCAAGCCGCUAUGGCCCGACGAGGCCACCGCGCGGGAGGGCAUCUUCUCCAUCUGGGACCAGGCAGACAUGAUCAAGAUCAGCGAGGAGGAGCUGACGUUUCUGACGGAGGCCGGCGACGGCUACAGCGACGAGGUGGCCCGGUCGCUGUUCCGGGGCAACGCGAAGCUGCUGCUGGUGACGGAGGGGUCGGGGGGCAGCCGCUACUACACGCACAGCUGCCAGGGGCGGGUCCCCGGCCUCAAAGUGGACGCCGUCGACACCACAGGCGCGGGGGACGCGUUUGUGGCUGGCUUCCUGACCAAGCUCGCUGCGGACCCCGAGUUGUACAAAGACGAGAAGAAGCUACGGGACACGCUCUUGUUUGCAAACGCGUGCGGGGCGAUUACCACGACAGAGAGGGGCGCCAUUCCUGCGCUGCCAACGGAAGAAGCGGCGCUGAAGCUCAUGAGAUCCGACGUGGCCGUGGUAUGAGCUGGGGCCAAUUUGUCGGGACUCAGUUGUGAGUGGGGGCAAUUUACGAGGCAGCGCCUUCUGGGGGGCGCUGGACAUGACCUGACGACUCAUGGGCAGUUCGGACAAGCUGAGAGAAGCAUCCAGCGCCCACCUGGUCGAAAUCUACCUGUUUGUCGUUCAUAACUUGACAAUUAAUGAUACCAGUAAGGGUGCUCAGCUUGGCGCAAGCUUGGCGGGCCAAAGCCUUAAGCAGUCCGACCCCUGCCACGCGCUAAGCUAGUUAGAAAAAUUGAGUUUCUGAUCUCGUCGAUCAGAGUUCUGAUUUAAUCGAUAUGUUCCGAGUUGUCCUUGACGAUUACAAAGUUGCACCUUUCAC